CAAUACAGAUGUGCACACGGUGGCAUCCCUGCUUAAGCUGUACCUAAGGGAACUCCCAGAACCAGUCAUACCAUACGCAAAAUACGAAGAUUUUCUUUCCUGUGCCAAAAUGCUCAGCAAGGAGGAAGAAACGGGCCUGAAAGAACUGGUGAAUCAAGUGAAGAGCCUGCCAGCUGUCAAUUAUAAUCUGCUGAAAUAUAUCUGUAGAUUCCUUGACGAAGUCCAGUCUUACUCAGGUGUAAACAAAAUGAGUGUGCAAAAUCUGGCUACCGUUUUUGGCCCCAACAUCCUUCGCCCCAAAGUGGAAGAUCCUCUGACUAUCAUGGAGGGUACAGUAGUAGUCCAGCAGCUAAUGUCAGUGAUGAUUAGCAAACAUGACGAGUUGUUUCCCAAGGAUGCAGACCCUCAGAUGGGACCUGAGGUAUGCAACAACAACAAUGAAACGCCAAAGAAAGCGACUGCGGGGCAGCUGCAGAACAAAGAGAACAACAACACCAAGGAGACAGCAGUGAGGCGCUGCUCUUGGGACAAGCCGGAGUCUCCCCAAAGGGGAAGCAUGGAGAACGAGUCUCCGACUGCUCUGCCAGGCAGCAAGACAAGUAGCCCCAGGAACAGCAUCCAGAAACUAGAUGUCACCAGAAGCCCACCACUCAUGGUGAAAAAAAAUCCUGCUUUUAAUAAGGGCAGCGGCAUCGUCACCAAUGGCUCGUUCAGCAGCUCCGUGGAGGGCCCUGAGAAGAGCCAGACCUUACCAAACUGUGCCCUGCAAACCAGGAGAACGUCGUCCCUGAAGGGACCAGUGACUAAGAUGGGCACACAGAGCGUGCAGAACGGAGGUGUGCGGAUGGGUGUUUCCAGUACCGACGGGCACAGCGGUGCUCUCAGCAGCCGGGGCGCAGGCUGGGUGCCCAACGGCUACGUCACGCUGAGGGACAACAGGCAGAAGGAGUCGGUGAAUGAGGCAGGCCAGCACAACAGGCUCUCCACCUACGACAACGUCCACCAGCAGUUCUCUACGGUAAACUCUGACGACAAACAGAGUGUGGACAGUGCCACCUGGUCGACGUCCUCUUGUGAAAUAUCCCUCCCUGAGCACUCCAACUCCUGUCGUUCAUCCACCACCACCUGCCCUGAGCAGGACUUUUAUGCGGGUAACUUUGAAGACUCUGUGCUGGAUGGACCACCCCAUGAAGACCUCUCUAACCCAGGUGAUUAUGAGAAUAGAAGUGACAGAAGGAGCAUGGGGGGCCACAGCAGCCGAGCCACCAGCAGCAGCGAUAACAGCGAAACGUUUGUGGCCAACAGCACUAAUAAUCACAGUGCUUUACACAGCCUGGUGUCUAGCUUGAAGCAAGAGAUGGCCAAGCAAAAACUGGAGUAUGAGACAAGGAUAAAAAGCUUGGAGCAGAGAAAUCUCACCCUGGAGACGGAAAUGAUGGCCCUGCAUGAAGAACUGGAUCAAGAGCGGAAGAAGUUCACAAUGGUAGAAAUCAAAAUGCGUAAUGCAGAACGGGCCAAGGAGGAUGCAGAGAAGAGGAAUGAUAUGUUGCAGAAGGAAAUGGAGCAGUUUUUCUCCACUUUCGGAGAACUGACAGUGGAGUCUCGCAGACCAGAAAGAGGCAAUACAAUCUGGAUCCAGUGAGCGUUGGAAGCAUAGACUGUGGGACUUUGGGGAAGGGCUUGGGGGUAUUAUACUGUAUCAGGUGGCUGGUCACCUGUCUGAGGCUAGUACUCAAUGUAAUGUUAUAAACCCUUGAAGGAAGAAAUCAUACAGACAUUAACCACUCAUAUCUACAGUGUGUACUUAACAAGUUAUACUCUCUGAAUGCUUCAUGAGACUACUGUCAAGUGUUACAACUGGAUACGUGUAUAUAAAUUUUAAAAAAUUCACCUUAGAGAGCAAAAUAUGUAUCUCAAGAAAUAUUUUAAUGCAAGUCUUGUAUUUAAACUGGUAAAUUGAAAUGUUGUUGCAAUCAAGCUUUAUAUCAAGGCUUUUCUCCCUUGCACUUAACAUAAUAAGCUAUUUUUGGCAUUGUGUUACCAUCAGCUUAUUUUGUAUAUCAAAUGUUUUUCGUUUUUAUUUUUUUUUGUUACCCCUCUUGCUGGGGAGUGAAGAUAAACAGAUAUGUUAAGGUA